AUGACUGUAUCGGUGCUGUUGCACGACGAACCGAUCUCCUUCGGAGGAAGGCGGCCGUUCACGAGCCACGCGGCACGGUGGUUCAUAAAGCGUCGUAUCCUGUCGACGGCGAAGGCCAGCGCGGCCCUGAACGUCGAAGUGGAGGCGAGGAACAACCGAGACGCGAUGAGGGGCCGGUGGGAGAGCAUUAGCAUCGACUUCGCGAAAACGAUCUUCGAAGACAUCCAGGUGAGCGGAGGCGCGUUCGAGCUCCUCGGCGUCGACGUCCUCACGCUCGGGCUGCUGCCGGGCCCGUGGCGGCGCCUCCGUCGCCUCCGCCGGCCUUGCGAGGCCAUCGGCCGGUCGACCUUCACCGACGUGGACGUGGCCUACUCCCCCGCGAUCCGCCGUCUCGCCCAGCGCGUCGUCAACCACGCGCUCCGACCGCGCGCGAAGAGAGCGGCCGUCGCCGCCGGUGCCGCUGCCGGAGGAGGAGGAGGGGGAGGAGGAGGAGCGGCGGCGGCAGGCUCGCUACCGGCCGCGACGACCGGCGGCGCCGUCUCCGACGGCGGCGAGCCGGGCGCGGGGUCGGAGCAGCAGCAGGGCGGGCUGGAGCCGUCGGUGAGCGUCUUGGGGGUGCGGGUCCACGGGAACAAGCUCGCCAUCGAGGGGGAGAUGACCAACGGGGGAACGUUCUUGCGGGUACCCUUCCGGUACCAUUUUUCUCUUAGCGCUUCCGCGGACGGGCACGUGCUGUACUUCAAGGGCUCCAGCGUGUACUGGGGCACGCCGGGGGGACACGUGCCCCUGCCCAUGAUGCCGUUGCAAUCGUUCAAGAUCGACUUGGGUGACAGGGCGAGAAUCGAGCACCUGAGGAUAUCUCGUGGCGUGCUCUCCUUGGGGGGGAGGUUCAUCCUCACGAACACCCCGGGUUUCACGGUAGCCCUCCCGGGCUUGAAGAGGGGCGACAUCAACUAUGACCUGGCUGAGAGCUUGAGCCGGCUCGUCAGCAACUGCCUGAACUUGCGGAGGGAGUGA